AUGGCGCUACUCGUUUCCUUGAAACCCUCGACGUUGGAGAAGCCCGGCAGGCAUUCACCGCCGGCCGAGCAAUCCAAUGGCCGAAACCCACUCGACCCUCUCCUCCCUGCGCUGCAAUCCUUGGUCGACGCCCGCCGCUUCUCUUCCAAAACCUCCUUCAUCUCCGCCAUCAGAGCCUGCUCCGCAACCCUCUCCAUUUCCCAAGCCAAACCCAUCCAUGCCCUCAUUUUCAAGGCCGGCCUCAGCUCCGAUAGAUUCGUCGCUACCUCUCUCAUCGAUCUCUACUCUUCCUCUGGCUUCUUGCAUCAUGCGCGCCAAGUGUUUGAUGGAAUUACUGACAGAGAUGUAAUACUUGAGACCUCAAUGCUCAAAGCUCUACUUGACAAUGGUGAGUUUGAACAUGCCAAUGACUUGUUCGACGAAAUGCCUGAGAGAGAUGUUGUGGCUUGGAAUGCGAUGAUUUGUGGGUGUAGCCAGUGUGGCUUGCCGGAGUAUGCAUUAGAGUUGUUCAGAGGAAUGCAGGCCUCGGUGGUUCGUCCGAAUAGAAUCACAUUCAUCGGUGUGCUUUCGGCUUGUUCUCAACUUGGGUGUCUACCUUUAGGCUUAUGGGUGCAUGCUUAUGUAAACCGGUAUUUGGAUGGCGACGAGAGCCCAGCGUUGUACAAUGCUCUUGUGCAUAUGUACGCAAAGUGUGGCUGGUUGGAUGUAGCUCUUCAAUUGUUCAUUAAGCAAGAACCAAAGAAUUUGGAGUCUUGGAACACAAUGCUCAAUGGCUUUGCCAUCCAUGGUUGUGGGACUGGCGCUCUUUCGCUCUUCUCGCAGAUGAUCAAAAUAGGAUUGUUACCCGAUAGGAUUAGUUUUAUCGGUGUCUUGAUGGCUUGUAGUCAUGCAGGUUUGAUCGAUGAUGCCCGUGAUUGUUUUUACCUUAUGAGAAGAAUGUACAGUAUUGAGCCGAAGGCAGAACAUUAUGGAUGUUUGGUUGAUGCUCUUUGUCGCGGAGGAUACAUUGAUGAGGCAUGGAUGGUGAUCAAAAGCAUGCCUUUUGAGAAGAAUGCUGGUGUUUACGGUGCUUUACUUGGUGGUUGUUUGAGAUAUUGCAACUAUGGACUUGGAUUGGAAGUUGCAAGACAUCUCAUUGAGAUUGAACCUUGGGAGGAAAGUAGAUACAUGGCUUUGGUCAAACUUUAUGCUAUGCUUGGUAGGGAUGAAGAAGCCAUGAAUGUGAGGAAGGUGCUGAAUGAGAAGGGGAUUAAGAAGUCAUCAGGAAGUAGUGCAAUUGAGAUUGAUGGUGUUGUUCAUGAGUUUUUGGCAAAAGAUAGAGCUCAUUGCCAGUCUGAGGAUAUAUAUUCCAUGCUUGAUGUACUUGGUUCUACACUAGAGUUUGAAUGGGUGAAUGAUAUGCAAACUAUGUGGGAUACUAUUGAUACCAACUAA